AAAGACGUGAAAGGUGAUUUAUCUCUGGAGGGGUAUUAAACAUCUGUUGGACAGUGACAAAUGUCUUAUGCUCCAUUCGAUGCUCUGCGGGGUGAAUGCUCUCCAUUCUCUCAGUAUCUCUCAUUCCUUCGGGGUCAUCUCUUUGCCCAAAUGUGUCGUUCCUGAGCUGCGUUUGCUCUCCUCCACCCUCGACUGUGGACCGUGCUCUGCAAAGGUCCCUUGCCAGAAGACGCUGACCCUUGUGAACCUGAGCCCCCUUCCAGGAUGCUACAGAGUUCUCCCUCAGAGACACCAAGAGGCCGCUGCUCUGUGGUACUCCAGCCCCAAGCCGUGUGGGAUUAUCCAAGGUCACGAGGCGGUGGAGAUCCCAAUUACAGCUGAAGUCCAGGCGGUGGGUGCUCAUUCCAUCCCGGUGGAUAUCGCCGUGUUCGGGAAGGAGACAUCCCCACUGGAUGGCAAAUGCUGGAGUAUUGAACCCAGGGAAGGAGUGGUCCCUGCCAAGGCUGAGGUUCCUGUGGUUGUCACGGCAAACCUGGGUGACACAGGGAGAUUUGAAGACAGCAUGAAGCUGUUCAUUGAGAACAGCCUUACCAGUGUCAUCCCCAUCCAGGCUGUGGGCACUGGCACCACAGUUGCCAUUGACAAACCGUUUGCGCCGGAGCUGAAUUUGGAACCCCAGUUCAAGUAAGAGAUCUCUUAACUC